AUGGUGUACUCAGCGAAGGAGUUUAGGGUUGUUUUUGAACUGCUACUGCAUGAGGCGAUCGAUGCCUGUGUUCCUAUCUUUGUAAGGAUGGACAAAUUGGGUGUUGAUAACCUCUCUGUGGUGAAGCACCAUCCCGCGGUGGCCAUGCGUUUGCGUACACUCACCAACGUACUGGACCUGGUCGGCCAUUUCGGUCCGUCAGCUGUGGGCUACCUCGUCGCGGCUCUGCGGAAGACCGAGCCACACGUGAGCUUCCGGCACGUGUUGGGAUUGAUGGAUGAAGGGGGCUCAGCUAAGGUGGCUCCUGAUCUCUUCAAUAGUGGUCUUAAGGAGGGGCGGCUCUACCAGGCUGCGGCAUUGCUACUGUUGGUACAGUACUCUGCUGGGCCUGAUACAGCACGAAGGGAUUAUGCCUUGCCGCUCCUCAAGGCGGCUCUGGAUAGCGGUGAUAAGGCUCUGGCCGAGCAGUGUGUUCGCUUCUACUCAGCAAUGGGGUCUGGUCAUCCGGUUGAAGUAGUGGAGUGUAUUAGAGAACACUGUGUGAAAUUGGUGAAGGAUUGCAAUUGGGUGGAGCUCCUCAGUUGCUUGGGUAUUGACGGUACUGUGAGGGAGUUCUUGGACGGCGUUACUGAGCCAGAAAUGAUCAGCUUCGACACAGUGGUCCAGUCCCUGCGGAGAUUGAUGCUGUGUGAUAGACCCCCGGAGGAGGCGCCUGGUAAUGAUGUUGGUAUAGUAUGCUUAGCAGAGGAUAGCGGUGAUGAUGCUGUGUUAGAUGAAGGGUCCCCUGUGGAUGAUGCGGGUCUGACUGUGUCUCGACGGCUUUUCUCCCUCCUCCUCUCCCUGGGCUGGUCCCGUCAUAUCCUCGCUAUGUGCGUGGCCUCGAGAGAUCCCCGGUCGCUGGCAUUUGCUAUGGCCAAGGACCCGGUGGUGAAGGAGAUGUACAAUGUAAAGCGGGCUCAGACUGGUGACCAGCCUCGGGGCUACGAGGAGUGGUUGGAGGCAUCUUUGGAGUGCGACUCGGCGGAAGAAUCCUCGGAGGUGGAUGAGUCGGGGAGUGAGAGUGAUGAAGGCUCCACCCAGUUGCCGAGUAAGGGCUUCAUUAUGGAUAACUACCCAUGGAAGAUCCUUGAGUCUUCUCCGCGAAUAGCGCUCGCCUCGACGAUCGAUCCGGAGGUCUGGGGCGGCCUUGAGUUUGUAGUUGUACUGCUUUUCCGAAGUGGACGGUUUGCUGGGUGUGUGUGGGAUGAAGAUGGCAAGAUAGUGGAACACACUACGUUUAAGAAGUACACGGUCCGACGGAAACAGGGCGGAGCUCAGCGGAACUUCGAGCAGGCCAAGUCGAUGGGGGCAUUCAUGAGGCGAACGCAGGACGCCAAGAUCCGACAAGAUGUGUCGGAGGUGGUAUCUGAACGGUGGAGGGAGUACUUGGGUAGCCCCAAGGCGCUGGUGUUUGUCGGGUCCCCACGGCAGGACCAAAACUCCAUCUUUGUGGGCCCGUUGAAAGCUGGGUAUAAGGACACUAGGGUUGCUAAGGUGCCAUUGAGUUUUAGGGCACCAACGUUCACUGAGGUUUUGCGUGUGUAUAAUACUCUUAUGCGGAUCAUGGUAGAAGGCUCCGCUGAUGGUAAUGACUGA